AUGGACACCAAGCACAUCCGUGUAGGCUCAACAAAAGUCCGCACGGGCUGCAUUGUCUGCAAAGCCCGCCGGAUAAAAUGCGACGAGGCGAAGCCCACUUGUCGCAACUGCACCCGCUCUAAACGCGACUGCAGCUACAGCACCAGCAGCCCCCAAGACCCCAAAUCCAGCCUGCGCAUCGUCGUCUACACCCCGCGCGCCAGCUUCGCCACCACCGGCGCCGAAAAGCGCUCGCUGGACUUCUUCCUCGCCCAGAUGCGCUCCCGCUUCCCCAUCCACUUCUCCCGCCCCGUUCUCCAGGCCGCACACCGCGACGACGUCCUCGCCCACGCCGUUAUCGCCCUCGGCGCAAUCCAGCAGGUCUACGAGUACGACGACCCCUCCGCGAUCGGCUCCUGGAGCCCCAUGACCCAGUUCGCAAUGCAGCAGUACGGCAAGGCCCUGCGGUUCCUGCAGGACAGGGUCAUUCUGCACGCGCGCGGACCGGCCUCGGCACAGCCGGAUCUGAUCCUCAUCUCGUGUAUUUUCUUUGCUUGCUUUGAGUGUCUGCGGGGGUCGAACCAGGCUGCGAUUAUCCAUAUGCGGUCUGGGCUAAAUUUACUGCGUGAGUACGAGUCAGAUCCGCGCACGGGAUCUCUGGUCCCGAAACGGACGAUGCGUUCGCUGUUUACGAGGCUGGAUAAUCAGCUUAUUGAGAUGCGCGGGAGUAGUCUGAGUAUGACCUCUCCGCAGGAUAGCUUUGAGGUUGUAGCGUGCGAUCCUGGACCGGAGGAUGAUGUGCAUGAUGCGUUGAAUAGUCUAUGGAACCACAUCCUGCAUGGGAUGUUAGAUUCAGCACGAGCAGUUGCAAAGGGCGAACCAGUAGGAGAGGCAAUUACAACGCCACAGAACGAUGUCAAGGCGAAUAUGAAGGAGCUGCAUGAUAGGUUUAUGCGAGAUCCAAUAGGUUACGGGGUGGAGUAUGGGCAGGACCCAGAUAUCCUGCGGAUUUGGUUCUUGCUCUCGCCGAUGCUGUUGACGGCACAUACGUGGGAUCCAGCGGAUGCAUGGGGCCCGCAUAAUGAUAACUUUGCGAGCAUUGUGGCCUUGGCUGAGGGAUAUCUUGCGCGGUGCGCAGUGAAUCAUCCGAGUCGGAAGCGGACGUUUGGGCUUUCUCUUGGUGUUGUGCCGCCUCUUGUCUUGACGGCCACGCGGUCAAAGGACCCGGAUGUGCAGCAGAAGGCGCUAUACUUGCUGUCUAUAUGUAAUCGGCGCGAGGGGAUCUGGGACUCGACGCUGGCGGUGCAGUUUGCGAGCAAGACGAUUGAGCUGGAUAGGUCUGUUAGCGAUUGGUCGAGUGAGGAGCAGGCGGCUAUGCGACUGAAGAACCGGGCAGCGACUUUUGAUGAUAUUCUUGUUGAUGAUGAGGAUGUACCGCAGCCGGAGCUGGAGGAGGAAUAG